AUGGGCUGGCACACACUCCUUGCCGCCGCCUGCUGUCUCGUCCUUGCUCUUGCGGCUUGCUUCCCUGCCGCGGCUGCCACUCAUCGCCUCGCCGUCAUCGUCGACACGGAUAUCGGCGACGAGUUCGAUGACUCGUGGGCGCUCGCCUACCUCCUCGCCUCGCCGCACAUCGAGGUCAAGAUGGUAACCACUGCCGCCCACGACACCGUCAAGCGGGCGCACAUCGUGGCAAAGUAUCUCACGGCGUACAACGCCUCACACAUCCCCAUUGGCAUCGGCAUCCAGCAAGAUGACACCAUUGGCCCGCUCUACCCCUGGGCUGCCGACUUUCCGCUCGCAUCCUACCCCGGUGGCGUUCACACCGACGGCGUCGCCGCCGCCGCCGCCCUCCUCAACGCCUCGCCCGAGCCCCUCGUUAUCGUCGCACUCGCUCCCUUUGUCAACCUCGCGGCGCUGGCCAAGCGGUUUCCAGCUGCCGCCGGCCGUGUCACGCUCAUCUCGGCCAUGGGCGGCUCUAUUCACACCUGCUACGACGGCAAGCCCGGGCCGUGCCCAGAGUACAACAUUGCCGAGGACGUGUCGGCGUCGCAAGCCCUCUUUGCCCAGACCUGGCCCGUCCACCUCGCUCCGAUCGACACCUCUCAGUCAACCAUCGACGGCCCGCUCUUCCGCGCCCUCGUCGCCGCCAACAACACUGCCGACCACCCCAUGGUCACCACUCUCCUCUCCAGCUACUGCUUCUGGUCGCAGUACAAGGUCUGCGGCCCGGCCGGCAUGCUCUGCUGCCACAACUCGACCGAGGACCUCUUCGAUCCCACCGCCGUCUUUAUGACCAUCACCCAAUCGGGCCUCCUCCCCGACACCCCCGGCCUCGCCCUUACUCCGCUCACCCUCAGGGUGAGCGCCAGCGGCGAGACACUUUCAGAUCCAUCGGGCAAGCUCGUCAACACUGCCAUUCACUGGCUGCCCGGCGGCGAGGCUUGGUUCCACGCUGCCUUUAUCGACACACUUCUUGACUUCACCACGUAGCCCGCCCAUGUGUGAGGCUCACAUUUGCAUUUCUUAACUUUGUACACGAAGCAAUCACCAGCAUCCACCCGCCGCCGCACUCACGCCGUCACGGCCUGCACCACCGCGUAUCCCAUCCCCAGCGUCCCGAUGGCCGCCACAUCGCGUACCUUCAGCUGCGCCACCCACGCCUUGGAGCAAGCCAGCAUGAGGAGCGAGGCCAGCGCGCCGAGCAUCAGAAUACGCCCCAAACUCGAGAGCGACCAGCCCGGUGCCGAAAACACAACCGCCUCCAGCAGCGCCGCCACGACAACAAGCACAAGACCGAAGGCUGCCGCAGGCCCAAAAGCCCGUGCGCCCGAAACCCACUCGGGCACGACCGCAAGAGCAGAGAGCGUGGAAGCCGUAGACUUGGCCGACGCC